AUGUAAAAGGUUAAUUGGUUUUGAGUGACUGGUUAUUGAGCCGACUGGGACUGGGAGAACUGAUUCAGGAUUGGCUAUUUGUGGAGGUUCUGAGGAAUUAAUACACCAUGAAAGUUGCCAGUUCAAAGGUGCCUGCCCGAGUUGUGUACAUGAAAAAGGGUCUACGAAAGAAGAAAAACAUGAAACAGAAAAUGCUUGAAAAUGGUUGUAAAAGCAUCGCUUCCCCACAAAACAAAAUAAAUAAGAAAAACAAAUCUGUCACACUAAAGAAAAAUUUCAAGAAGAAAACCAGACCCACAGAGGCAACUAAAUCAUACAAAAAUAAUGAAUCAGGUGGAAUAAAAACCACAGAGGAGGGCACUCAAAGUUUAUCGAAAAUAACAGAAAAUACCUCCCAUGAGGAAGUUGUCAAGUUUAAAAGACUGGUAAAAGACAUUGCUCCACACACAAAUGGAAUACAGAACUUGGAAGCAAAAGACAUUGCUCCACACACAAAUGGAAUACAGAACUUGGAAGCUAAAGUAAACAACAAUGAAUUAAUCAAGAAAAGAAAGCAGUUUUCAGAUGUGCCUGUAAAAUUAUUGCCAAAGAGAAAGAAGACAAACAAGAAAAUUAUUUCCACUGCUGCUGACACAAAAGCUGACAAACAAGAGGAAAUGAGUGUUUCAUUUUCUGAUGAAUACAGAGGGGAGGAAAUUCAGACCUUGUCUGGAGAGGAAAUUGGUGCUGUUGAUACUAAAGACAGUCGUGAAGAAGGGCAAAAGGCUCUUCUGCAUAUAAUCAACCCUUACUCAGAAGAGGAAUUCAUGAGAAACUACUGGGAGAAGAAGCCACUGCUCAUUAAGCGUAAUGAUGCACACUACUAUAAGAGUUUAUUCACCACAUUUAUUUUUGACAAGAUUCUACAUCAGAAUAUGGUACUCUACACCAAGAACUUAGAUAUUACAUCUUACAGCAAUGGAAAGAGAGAAACCCAUAAUCCUAUUGGACAGGCCCUAGCACCUGUUGUGUGGGACUACUAUAACAAUGGGUGCAGUAUACGGAUGCUGAAUCCUCAGACUUUCCACCGUCCAGUGUGGAAGCUACUUGCUACAUUGCAAGAACAUUUCAUGUCCUUCUGUGGUGCCAAUGUCUAUCUUACGCCCCCUAAUACCCAAGGGUUUGCACCUCAUUGGGAUGAUAUUGAGGCUUUCAUUCUACAACUUGAAGGAAAGAAGCAAUGGAAAGUGUACAGUCCAAGGUCAGAAAAUGAGGAGCUACCUGUGAAUUCCAGUGAUAAUCUCUCCCAGGAUGAAAUUGGGAACCCUAUUUUAGAUAUAGUUUUAAAUGCAGGAGACCUGUUGUACUUCCCGAGAGGUUACAUUCACCAAGGUUGUGCAGUAGAUAACACCCAUUCUCUCCAUAUUACCAUCUCCACUUACCAGAAGAACACUUGGGGGCAUUUGCUUGAAACACUUUUACCUCAAGCUCUCAAUACAGCCAUGAGUGAAGACAUAGAAUUCAGGCGAGGUCUUCCCUGUGAUUACUUGGACUAUAUGGGAAUUGUCAACAUGGAUAAGGAUUCUCCGAGUCGGAAAGCAUUUAUUCAGAAGUUGGGAGAAUUGGUAGGACGUCUGAUGAAUUUUGCUCCCGUUGACGCUGCUGUGGACCAAAGAGGUGCCAGUUUAAUGCAUGAUUCUCUGCCGCCUUUCCUUAAAAAAAAAGACAGGAUCUGUAGUGCUUAUGGUGGAGGCGAGCGGUGGUGCGAAAAGAAAAUGAAGGUAAUCAAUAGUGUAGAACUGAAGCCAGAUACUCCCAUCAGGCUCCUUAGAAGAAACUGUUUAAGAGUGGUUCCUGAGGAAGAAUGUGUCAAAGUUUAUCAUUGUUUAGAAAAUACUAGAGAAUAUCAUCAGGAGGAACCUCAGUACAUUGAGCUCAUCCCAGAGAAUGCACCUGCUGUUGAGGCCUUGAUUCAUGCUUAUCCUGAAUAUUUAACCAUCGAGAGCCUUCCUCUGAGUGAUGAAAUUGCAAAGAUGGCCGUCGCCAGUGGGCUAUGGGAACGAGGACUCGUAGUAACUGCAAGACCUUUGAAUUCCCAGCUUGAUAACUAAAAGGAUAGUGAUGGGAUUUAACAAGAAAACUAUACUCUUAAAACGGAAAGCGUGCUCAAGAGUUUUCUGUAAUAUUACCUUUGACUCGACCAUUUUUUUCUUUCUCUACAUUACAGACCUGUUUUGAGUAUUUUAUCUUGAAUUUAUUGGAUCAUGUUUUCCAACUUUAGCAUAAAUUUUACUCUGUCUUUUUAUAACUUUUUUUUUUUUCAACAAGUCGGCCGUCUCCCACCGAGGCAGGGUGACCCAAAAAAAGAAAGAAAAUCCCCAAAAAGAAAAUACUCUCAUCAUCAUUCAACACUUUCACCACACUCGCACAUUAUCACUGUUUUUGCAGAGGUGCUCAGAAUACAACAGUUUAGAAGCAUACACAUAUAAAGAUACACAACAUAUCCAUCCAAACUGCCAAUAUCCCAAACCCCUCCUUUAAAGUGCAGGCACUGUAGUUCCCAUUUCCAGGACUCAAGUCCAACUAUAUGAAAAUAACCGGUUUCCCUGAAUCCCUUCACUAAAUAUUACCCUGCUCACACUCCAACAGAUCGUCAGGUCCCAAGUACCAUUCGUCUCCAUUCACUCCUAUCUAACACGCUCACGCACGCUUGCUGGAAGUCUAAGCCCCUUGCCCACAAAACCUCCUUUACCCCCUCUCUCCAACCCUUUCGAGGACGACCCCUACCCCGCCUUCCUUCCCCUAUAGAUUUAUAUGCUUUCCAUUUCAUUCUACUUUGAUCCACUCUCUCUAAAUGACCAAACCACCUCAACAACCCCUCUUCUGCCCUCUGACUAAUACUUUUAUUAACUCCACACCUUUUCCUAAUUUCCACGCUCCAAAUUUUCUGCAUAAUAUUUACACCACACAUUGCCCUUAAACAGGACAUCUCCACUGCCUCCAACCGUCUCCUCACUGCUGCAUUUACCACCCAAGCUUCACACCCAUAUAAGAGUGUUGGUACUACUAUACUUUCAUACAUUCCCUUCUUUGCCUCCAUAGAUAACGUUUUUUGACUCCACAUAUACCUCAACGCACCACUCACCUUUUUUCCCUCAUCAAUUCUAUGAUUAACCUCAUCCUUCAUAAAUCCAUCUGCCGAUACGUCAACUCCCAAGUAUCUGAAAACAUUCACUUCUUCCAUACUCCUCCUCCCCAAUUUGAUAUCCAAUUUUUCUUUAUCUAAAUCAUUUGAUACCCUCAUCACCUUACUCUUUUCUGUGUUCACUUUCAACUUUCUACCUUUACACACAUUCCCAAACUCAUCCACUAACCUUUGCAAUUUUUCUUUAGAAUCUCCCAUAAGCACAGUAUCAUCAGCAAAAAGUAACUGUCAAUUCCCAUUUUGAAUUUGAUUCCCCAAAAUUUAAUCCCACCCCUCUCCCGAACACCCUAGCAUUUACUUCCUUUACAACCCCAUCUAUAAAUAUAUUAACCCUUUGACUGUCGCGGCCGUAUAUAUACGUUUGCGAGGUACCGUGUUUGACGUAUAUAUACUCAUAAAUUCUAGCGGCUUCAAAUCAGGCAGGAGAAAGCUAGUAGGCCCACAUGUGAGAGAAUGGGUCUGUGUGGUCAGUGUGCACCACAUAAAAAAAAUCCUGGAGCACGCAGUGCAUAAUGAGAAAAAAAAAAACUCCGACCGUUUUUUUUUUAAUUAAAAUGUCGACUUUGUGGUCUAUUUUCGUAUAGUAUUUGUGGUUGUAUUCUCGUUUUCUUGGUCUCAUUUGAUAGAAUGGAAACUAUAUUAUAGAAAUGGAGGUGAUUUUGAUUAAUUUUACUAUAAAAAGAACCUGGAAAUGGAGCACAAAGUACAGGAAAUGUUUGAUUUUUGCCGAUGUUCAAAAGUAAACAAAUGAUGUCAUUGUCCAAUAAAUGUCCAAAUAGCCAUUUUAAUACGCAGUCAUGAAUGGGUUGAUGUAAUUUUUACAAUUAUUACAGUAUUGCAGUAGUCUGCAUAACAGUAAAUCUUCUAUUUUUUGUUUGAAUAAAAUUUCAAAAUAAAAAGCAAGAGUAAUAUCACAGGGACCUGGAGACAUGACUGAUGAACAAAGAAAAUGUUAUUUUAGAGCCAGGAAUGUCUGCAUUGUUCAUUCUGGACCUUAUUUUGAAAUUGUCGUAUUUUUUAAUUUUCGUGAAAUUGGCCAAAUUGCAAAUUUCUGACCAUGUUAUUGGGUAGUUGAAAUCGGUAAAUAGGCAGUUUCUUGUACUCAAUCGAUAGAAAAAAUAGAGUUCUGAAGAAAUAGUUAUGAGUUUGGUUGACUGGAAUAACGGAAUUAGCCGAAAAUAGGGCUCAAAGUGGGCGAAAUUGCCGAUUUUUAAAUAUCGCCGAAGUCGCUAACUUCGCGAGAGCGUAAUUCCGUCAGUUUUCCAUCAAAUUUCGUUUUUUUUGGUGUCUUUACAAUCGGGAAAAGAUUCUCUAUCAUUUCAUAAGAAAAAAUAAUUUUUUUUUUUUUUUAAAUUUUGCGACACCAGGAGACACCUCAGGAUUUGGGGUUGCGACAGUCAAAGGGUUAAACAACCAUGGUGACAUUACACAUCCCUGUCUAAGACCUACUUUUACCGGGAAGUAGUCUCCCUCUCUUCUACACACCCUAACCUGAGCCUCACUAUCCUCAUAAAAACUCUUUACAGCAUUUAAUAACUUACCACCUAUUCCAUACACUUGCAACAUCUGCCACAUUGCUCCUCUAUCCACUCUAUCAUAUGCCUUUUCUAAAUCCAUAAAUGCAAUAAAAACUUCCCUACCUUUAUCUAAAUACUGUUCACACAUAUGCUUCAAUGUAAACACUUGAUCUACACAUCCCCUACCCACUCUGAAACCUCCUUGCUCAUCUAUACUAGAAAAAUAAAUAAACCACUAUUACUGUACUAUUUCAGUUAGGGAAAAAUGGCCUUUCUCCAUACUGACAUUUCUCAUCCUCACAGACAUUGACAGAAAUGCUAAAACAGUUUUGAUGUGUUAUCUCAUGCUGAUAAAAUGUCAAACUAUUGUACAGCUGCUGUUUACUAACUGAUCAACAUUAAAUACAGGUAACAGAUGGUCUGACACUUUUAGUCAAGACAAAAUUACAACACAUUCACCAAAAUAGUUGACUGGGCUGCCACAGUUGGUAUAUGCAGUGUGCACACUCACUUUUAUUGUUUACAUUGUAGUUGGUGGUGAUUAUUUUAUGCAGUUCAUAGCAUAUUUUGCUAAGAAAUGACUAUUAGCUCUACAGUUCCAGUACAAUUCUACAAUUUAUCAUAGUGGUAGUUCUGCAAUAUUCUUUGAGUGAUAUUAUAACUAUAACCAGCACCGACUAAUAAAUACAUGUAAAUCAUUUUCAUGUUUUCAUGUUUAAUUCACGUUUCCAAUAGACUAUGGUGGGUCAGAAUUGUAUUGGUGAAUUAUUUUUAUAAGACUUCUGUUGGUCCAGCAAAAUAGAUAUACCUGCAAACCUAGGAAUUAAGGGUUCAGUAAAAUCUGUGUUGUACCUGUACCAAAAGUACUAUGUUAGGUACUAAACAAAAAUUAUUCAGAAAGUUAGGAUACCUGAAAACAUCAUUGAAGUUUUAAGAAUUUGUACUGUUAAUGAAAGAUAACAUUCUUGUAUAACAUAGUAUACAGUGUGAUGUAUUGUCUACCAAGUUAUCUUACUUUUUAGGGGAAUAUGUAAUUAAACAGGUAAAAGUAA